CGGCGGGUAUUCGGAGCUAACCGAAGCUAACGGAGCGGACGGAACAUUGGACUGUCAGGCCUCAAAGUGCCCCGAACAUGGACCUCCGUGGUGUGGGUGUGGGCUGAGUGGACCGGAGGGUUCUACGGGUUAACUGUAGCCGGACUUUGUUGACUUUUAAGUCGUUUUAAGACGAAGAAACCCCGGGCUGCUGAAGUUUGACACAGGUGAGCCCCACCGUUCUGUAACCAAUCAGAGACGAGGACCAGGCCUCAGGAUGGCACCAGUGUCUGAUGUGGAGGUGGAGAGGGGGAGGGGCAGGAGUGGAGGACAGCCCCUGUCACGGGAGGACUGUCUCUGUCCGGUUUGUCUGGAGAUCUACAUGGAGCCGGUGACGCUGCCCUGCACGCACACCUUCUGCAAGGCGUGUUUCCUGGAGUCGGUGGAUAAAGCCACGCUCUGCUGUCCGAUGUGCAGGAGGAGAGUGUCCACCUGGGCUCGACAGAACAGCAGGAACAAAACCCUGGUGAACGAGCGGCUGUGGAGGCAGAUCCAGACCGCCUUCCCCCUGGAGUGUCAGCGCCGGAUCAGCGGACAGGACGGCGACACUGACGACGCAGUAGGAGUGCCAGUGUCUUUCCACAAAGUGAGCCAACCAGGAGAGCUGAGGCAGGAAUUCGAGGACCAGAUCACUAAACUGACAGAGGAGAAACGAGUCCAGGACGAGGAGCAGAGGAGGGCCAGCGAGGAGUACAUCCAGAAGCUGUUGGCCGAGGAGGAGGAGGAGCUGCAGGAGGAGAGGAGGAGGCGCGAGGAGGACGAGAGGCUGGCAAGACUGAUCAGCCAACAGCUGAACUCUGUCCCCGUGUCUCAGGAAAACCUUCGUCCUGACGUCACCGCAGCAAAGAAGAAGGAGAAGAUGAACGCCGGACAGAUCGACAAGUAUCUGUGUCCGGUUCAGUGUAGAAGCUCCGACUCCAGCCCCACAUCCAGCUUCAUGGCCAACAAGGAGAACAUCCUCCUCUCUCAGGUGAAGCCGCCGUCGGAGCGCCCCCUACCCAGACUGGACUACUAUGGACCUCAAACGCAACGCCAUGACAGGCAGACUGACCAGUCAGGGGCCUCGACUCCGCCCCUCCCCUCCGAGGAGCCGAGGGGUGUUGGGGCGCUGAAGAGGAAGACGGAGGACGAGGGCGGGGCCACCAGCAAACGGGGCUGCCCUUCCUCUGCCUCCUCCUCCGCGGCGGCGGGCGGGACCGUGCUGAACAGCAUCGCCGAGCUGGAGGCGGAGCUUCAGAGCCGGAGGCGGCAGGAGGAGGAGGACCGGCGGUUGGCGCUGAUCCUGCAGAAGGAGCUGGACCAGGAGGAGAGGCAGCGGGCGACCGACCGGAGCAAAGGGUCCGCCGAUGCCUACCACCUCCGACAGGCCCGGAACACGCCCAAGACCCCGCCCACCACCGCCAAGAGGACUGCCAGGACCUCCACCGCCACGCCCUCAUCAUCAGCUCAGAGGAAGACGUCCAGUUCUACGUCCGGGUCUUCGUCCAGUGGCCGACAGACCACGCUGACCGACAUGUUCACCUUCAGCAGCUGAAGAAUCUUCUGCCGCUCACGUUUACCCUUAAAGUGCCGACAGAACGCCACCGCCGCCUCCACGUUGGGUUCUUGCUCGACAUGGACGUUUAACGAGGCCUUUAACGUCCCACUCAGACGUACGUUGGCGUCACCGCCAUGUUGGAUCAAAACGCUCAGUCUCAUGGUUUAUAAGACCAGUGGACCUGCUGUAGCUUAAACACUGUUGUACAACCGACAAUAGACUCUAAUGCAAACGCUGGAUGUCAUGUGACUGAUCAGCUGAUGCUCAAUUAAGUGAAAAACACAUCUGGUCGAAUAGGAGAUGGAAUAUUCUGUUUCAUCUGUGGAAAUCAGACCACAGUUAGUGUUUCAGAUAAACCUCUAUUGUCUUAAAGUUUCCUGACAUUUUAUAGAACGUUAGCUGAUGUCUGAACAUGACUGUAACUGUUGACGACCGCCGUUAGAAACCAAAACAAACUCCAGCACUUGAAUAAACACUGAUUGUUUUAUUGGAUUUUUAACGGCGACAAGUCGACCCUGGUCCUUCAGUUUGGAUCCUCAUGGACUGGAUCUGAGCCUCGGUUUGUUUGAUUUUAUUUCUGAUGGUUUGUAGAGUUUGAUUUUUGCUGAGAUCUUUAAGAGACAAGGACGAACCAAACCAAACCUUCCACGACAGAGACUUUGACGGUUUGACGCUGCAACGCCUUCGCCUUCUGUUUGUGUCCACGUUCGUUUUACGCCAGUCGAUGUAAAACUUGUAGUUCCACAUUGACCCACAUGAGUGAAUGUGACAUUAAGGCCAAAGGUCAUGAUAGUUUUCAUUAGUUUGUUGACGAAUAUCGAUCCUUUUAGUUUUUAAAGAAGCCAAAACGUCCACUGUUGUUUCAGUUGAAAGUAUCUGAAUAUUUGUGGCUAUUUUUGUUUAUGUUUGUCUUAAAUCAUCACAAACUCUGAUUUUCUGCAUCGGCUCCAUGAUCUGAAGGCCGAGUCCCCGUUUUGUUUUUGUGAUGUGAUGGGUUUGGUCCUGAAGAGGGCGUCAGACUGGAGGGGACGCAUGACCUUUGACCUGUGGCUGUUUGGUCACUUCCUGGUGUGAUGCUGUGGUUUGGAUUGAGUUUCAUUUUCUGUUUCUAUGAAAUAAAUAAAAAAAAA